AUUUAGACCCGGAUUUGACGGAGAAUAUAGAAGUGACAGAAGCGAGUUAAUCUGAGGCAGUUAUACGACCCGAUGUUUCCGAUGGAUAUGCUAUAAAAGAGAGAUGUAGCCUGUCAUGUCGCUUGAUCAUCUGAAAUUCGUUGUUCGAUUACCAUGUCUCAAACAAAAAACUUUCGAGUCGUCAUCGUCGGUGGCUCAAUUGCAGGCCUCACCCUUGCGCACAGUCUAGAACGAGCAAAUAUUGACUACGUCGUCCUCGAGGCUUACAAUGAUAUCGCACCCCAAGUCGGGGCGUCGAUUGGCGUCCUUCCCAAUGGAGCAAGGAUCCUCGAUCAACUAGGCAUAUACGACGACAUCCUAGAUGAAGUUGAGCCAAUGAAGGAACAUGGAUAUCCUGUGGCAUUUUUGGACCGGCAGAUCGUCUUGGCGAUUCUGUAUAAACAUUUAGGAGACUCUCAGUCUCGAGUGCACUUGGAGAAAAAGGUCGUCCGUGUUGAGCAUGUUGAUUCUGGUGUUAUCGCUCACUGUGCUGAUGGCUCUUCAUUCAAUGGCGAUAUCGUCGUUGGAGCAGAUGGAGUCAAGAGUACAAUUCGACAGCAAAUGUGGCAGCACAUGAUGGACAUCAAGAUGCAUAAUGCUGUCAAACGAGAAAAAGCUAAAAUGAAGUCUGAAUAUUCCUGCGUAUUUGGAAUCUCCAACGCAACACCCGGUUUGAAGCCAGGAGAGUCCCAUCGCUCCUUUGGUGAUGGCUUUUCCAGUCUUAUUAUCAUCGGGAAGGAAGGCCGGGUAUUCUGGUUUCUAUUCACGAGAUUGGAACAGACAUACUCGAUGUCCACUCUUCCUCGAUUCACGCCAGACGAUCUGAAACAGAACAUUGCUUCCCAUCUGGACAAAUAUGUUGCUGCGGGUGUCCCGUUUGCUGCGGUCUACAAGAAUGCCAUCACGACGACAUAUGUGCCUCUUGAGGAGGCUUUCUAUAAAUAUUGGACUGUUGAUAAAUUUGUGUGUAUUGGAGAUUCGAUACACAAAAUGACGCCAAACAUGGGCCAAGGAGGAAAUAGCGCAAUAGAAAGCGCUGCAUCUCUAGCAAAUAUUCUGCAUUCCUUUGUCAACUCUUCCUCGACAUACUCACUCCAAGAUCUGCGUUCCUGUUUAUCAUCAUGGGAGUCGUCACGACAGCCUCGCGUCAACGGAAUCUGGGCCAAGGCAAAUGACCUCACGAGACUGGAGGCACUGGCGACAUGGAAGCAUAAAAUCGUCGGGCUAUACAUGCUUCCACAUCUCACCAGCAUCUUGACCGACAAAACGUCGCGUUCCAUCGUUGGCGCUGAGAAACUGGACUUCAUCCCCGUCAAAGGAUCUCAAGAAUGUCUGAUUCCAUAUGACAAGAACUACAGAAACAUUCAAGAUGAACCUGGCUGGAAGAGAUUUAUCUGGGCUCUUCCUCUGCUUAGCCUUCUGCUGGUGGCAUUUUCAACUAUGGAUGCCACUCUUGUCAGCACUAUCCCGUAUCUCGGCCGCACUCUCCUGUCUGGUACAUGGGAAUCCAGUACGGGAGAAGCAGUCAGUCUAUACAAGCCACAGUACCACUGGCAGUAUCUGGAUGAUCUCUUUCGUCCAAUGAUUACCUGCUUUCUCCCAUUCAUCAGUGGCUCACAUCCACUAUCAAAACUCCAAAUAAACUCAUUCCUUACUGAUCUCGGUCCGAUCUACGCAAUCUGGCUAUUGGAAAGUUAUCGUCGCGCACAUCACUGGUCCAUGCCACUCCUUCCGAUUCUAUUUGGACUCGCAUUCCAACUCAAAGGCAUCGGAAAGUUUGCUCCUAUCUACUUUCUCCUCGACUUUAUGCAAUCACCGCUUUCCAAGAUUCUUGUUGCGGACAGCAGCUACAUCAGUCCCUCUCUUAUCACGAUGCUUUUUCCUGCUCUUAUUCUGGGAUACUAUAUUCCAACCUGGGCCAGCUUCGUAGCUCCCACUUUGGCGAUGCGACAGAGCAUUAAUGCGGGUUGGCAGUUAUUCCCGCUGAUUGUGCCUGCUCUGCAGGUACUGCUUAUGCUUGCUAUGAAGAUUGUUCCUGCAAAGCUACGUCCGAGAGUGACAUUGUCUACACGGUUCUGCUCUUUCAUCCUGGCCGUGGUCUCCGGUGCUGCAUUCAUCCAUGUCCGGAUGAACAUUCCAGACAGCUCAUCUCUUCUGGAAAUAUUCCUCCCUUCUACUACAGCCUCAGCUCAGUCAUUCUCGGAAGGAAUCGCUCGAUUCUUACAAUAUGAUGAGAUCUUCUCGAUGGGAAGUGCACUGAUCUGGCUACUUUUGUGCUUUAGGGAUCUUCAAUUAUACGGUGUUGUUGUGUCUUGGGUCAAGGUGGUGGGCGUUUUGGCUACCACGACUUGUUUGUUUGGACCCGGUGCUGCUGUUGCCAUUGGAUGGGGAUGGAGAGAGGAGAUAUUGGCUGGUAUUAUGAGGGAUAGAGGCUAGAUGGAUAGGAUGAUGUUAUAGAAACAUUGUUAGAUGCAAGAUAGAUUAUAGACAUAUUCCGAUACUACUUCCGCAGUGAGUCACCACCAGAAUAGCA